AUGUUUUUGCGAUUGUUUGAUAUCCAAAAGACCCAAAAAGUCAAUGAAUUUGCUCAAUCGCUCCUUGCUCCCAAGCUUGGAACUUCAGUAACUUUACUAACUUUCACCAGACCGUCUGCGAGCGGAUAUAAAAGAGUUAACAUGGCCGCAACUCUCAAGGGUGUGAUAGUAUUCGGUAUGGUGUCGCUGAUUUCCCUGGUGGGCUAUGCCCUAGCAUUCAGCAACUUUGGCAACCUUUACUUUCCACACUUUGAUACAGACUUAAAAGUGGAGUACUACGACCUCAAAAAUUACGUUGGCUCGAAGGAUGGAUGGCAGCGCGAAGAGCGCGUGCUCUUCUGCGUGCCGCUGAGAGAUGCCGCUUUACAUCUGCCCAUGUUCUUCGGACAUCUCGAGAACAUGACGUACCCUCAUGGUCUCGUCGAUCUGGCAUUCCUUGUCUCCGACUCUUCCGAUGACACCAUGGGUGUGUUGCAGAAGAGAUUACAUCAAUUACAGACUCACAAGGACAAGUCGAUGCAUUUUGGUGACAUAGAGAUUUUUGAGAAGGACUUUGGCCAAGCUAUAGGUCAGAGUUUCUCAGAUAGACACGGGUUUGCGGCACAGGGACCGCGUCGAAAAUUGAUGGCACGCGCGCGUAACUGGUUGUCUUCGGUAGCCAUCAAGCCAUACCAUUCAUACGUGUACUGGAGAGACGUCGAUGUUGAGACGAUUCCUCCUACGAUCAUAGAAGACCUCAUGCACCAUGACAAGGACGUGAUAGUGCCCAAUGUCUGGAGACCGCUUCCUGACUGGCUGGGCAACCAACAGCCGUACGAUCUCAACUCAUGGCAGGAAAGCGAUGGUGGACUCCAGCUAGCAUCUACCCUGGAUGAAGAUUCUGUCAUUGUUGAAGGUUACGUGGAGUAUGCAACGUGGAGGCCGCAUCUUGCUUACCUCCGUGAUCCAUACGGCGACCCCGAGGUGGAGAUGAGUCUCGAUGGAAUUGGAGGAGUUUCAAUCUUGUCAAGGGCAAAAGUGUUCAAAGAUGGAUCUCAUUUUCCCGCAUUUUCGUUUGAAAAGCACGCGGAAACAGAGGCGUUCGGGAAACUAUGUAAGCGGAUGGGAUUCAACGUGGUUGGACUACCGCAUUAUGUGAUAUGGCAUAUCUACGAGCCGUCGUCCGAUGAUCUUAAGCAUAUGGAGUGGAUGGCGCAGGAAGAGGAGCGCCAGAAGCAGGAGGCCAAGUUGAGGCAGAUAUACCAGAAGUCCUGGGAUGAGGCAUUCGAGGACAUGACCAGCUCGUGGAAGGGCGAAAAGAGCAGAAUCUUGAAGAACACAGAUCUGUCGAAAUACAGGCCUAAGGUGGAGGUUGAUUGGUCCGAUGUGGAUGAGACAAACAUGCAUCUUGCACAGUUUGAUCCGGAGGGGUGA